CCAGCGGAAAGAAGAAAACAUCUUUAUGAGAAAAAAAUAACAUUAAUAAGAUCUCUUUACUCCAUGACAGACAUUAGUUGUGGUGUAUCAGCUGCACGACGCUGAUACUGAUACUAAUCAUCAUCAUAAUUCUUUAGUGUAUUUUAGUCGUGAAAAUCGCCCUCCGCCUGACUUCCUGGUGACUACUUCUGAGUUUAACGUGUGUUGGCAAACUGUGACAAAUUGAUUGAUAUAUGUUACAUUGGCAUUAUGGUCAAGUGGACAGAAAAGGAGCGCAGCACGGUCAGUGCUGUUUGGGAAAAAGUUGUAAUCGAUGAGACUGGACCAGAAGCUUUGCGAAGGAUGUUGAUCGUCUACCCGUGGACUGAGCGGUAUUUCGAAACUUUUGGGGAUAUCUUCUCUGCAGAUACUAUUUUAAAUAACUCCAAAGUGGCAGCCCACGGCAUUGUGGUGUUGAAGGAACUGGACAAAGCAGUGAAGAACAUGGACAACAUUGAGGGCACAUAUGCUGCUCUAAGCCGGUUGCACUGUGAAAAACUCACCGUGGAUCCUGAGAACUUCAGACUGAUAGCCGACUGCAUCACUAUUUCCGUCGCCUGCAAACUCAGGAGCGCCCUUGACCAUCAGGCCCAAGCUACCUGGCAGAAGUUUCUGUCUGUUGUUGCCGAGGCUAUGAGCAGCCAGUACUACUGAACAGCUGAGCAAAGCCAGUCGGGAAAAUAUAAAUAAAUAAAUAUUUAAACCCUGUUUGUCCAGAUGACAGGCUUAAUUGUGAAAGAUAUCACCAAAUAAAACAUAUGUCCACUUA